AUGUUGGAGAUUUUGAAUAUUUAGACUUAAGUUAUUGCUCAUAGUUAUCUUUUCUAAUCACAAAGGUAUUUAUUUGUUCCCAUUGAAUAGUAGUGUAGGUAGAUUUGUCUCAAAUAGGAGCCUUCUUACUUUUCUUCAUACUUCCCCUCUCAGUCAUUCAUAUUCCGAGUUAUUAAAAUUUUACCACUCUCUAAAUCUUAAUAGUACUGGGUCAACAUUUUCUUUGUUGAUUAAUUCCAUUCAGCAAAGUUGCACCGAAAAGAGGAGAGGUGAUGAAUAUGAGACAAAUCCUGGCACAAAGUCAUCUUAUAAAAUUUAUAAAAUGACUCAUGUGGAAGCUAUCAAAAUAAUAAAUAACACCCACAUGAUCAAGAAAGAUGGAUUCUUAAGCCAACAAAGCCUUUAUAUUCUCUUUAAAAUUUAUGAUAAUUUGUUUAUCUACGAUACUUUGACCAAAGGUAAGAUGAAGUUUAAAAGUGGAGUGUAAUAGGGAUCACAACUAAACCCGUUUCUUUAUAACAGAUUCUUUGAUCAUUUUUAUCAAUACCUAGAAGUGUGGCUAACAGUAGAGGGAAAUCAGAAAUAUCAAAUAGAAGCCACUAAGAAAAUAACUAUUCAAAAGCAGCUUAAUUAUGUUUGGUUCGUAGUAUCACACCCUUUAGACUUUUAACUAGGCUGUGUAUUUUCUAUUUUAUAUUUCAUAUCAGAUACCUCAAUUUAGCUAUUUGGAUUUAGAAGAUGUCACAAGAGCUUCAGAAAUAAUAUCCUUAACGGGUUACUAGGGUUACUAUAAAAUGAUUGCAGAGAAGAUGGGUACAACAACAGAUAACUGGAAACCUGUUUAUUUAGGAAAAACUACUUUGAGUAGAAGGAUUUUAAAAAGAGCUCAAUAGUAAAAUCCAUUAGUGAUGCUUUGA